AUGGAGAAGGUAGACACGCUCAUGCUGCCGCUCCGUCCGCAGCAGAGUAAGGGCACCAAGAAAGACAACUUGCCCAUUCGCAUAGCUCAGAUCAAUGCCCAGCGCGGGUCCUUUCGCAACAUCACCGAACAAAGCUUGCAGGAAGAAAUACAGGCGCAGAAGGAAAAGGGUAAGGGCAAGGAUGUUGAGGGAGGAGAGGAGAUCCAAAAAAAUGCAGCGGAGCUCGAUGUGACGGAGCGCCAUGAGCUGCUGUAUAAGCGACGGGCAGAAAUCAUUCAAUUCGCAGCUCAGGCACAUAUGGAAACUCAAUUCGCUUUAGAUUUUAUAUCUCUGCUUUUGUCCAAACAUGCGCCACGCCAAGCGGAGACGAGUAUCUCUCCAUACCUCAAACAAAAUGUCCCGAUGGGCUCACUGAAUGUCGAUGUCGUCAAAUCAACCCAGAGGUCUGAAUCGAUACAGAGGGAUUCACUUAAUGUGGCUCGCGGAUGGAGAAUGGAGAGUUUCAAUGCUGCAGCAAGUAAAUUACUGAAAGCUGCGUCGCGACUAGAGAACGAAGUCGCCGCCGAAACAAAAUAUUGGGACGAGGUUCUGUCUAUCAGAGACAAGGGGUGGAAAGUGUGCAGGCUGCCAAGAGAAAGACAAGUGCUUGGUGUGCAAUAUGGAUUUAUGGAAGCUGCGCCAACUUUCCGCGACCGCGGUCUAGCAUCGCUACGGCGUGCGGACGAUGGUACACUGGUCUUGGACAAGGGACUGGUACCUUCACGAGCAAGAGCAGUUCGGGUUCAAGUCAGAAAACAAGGCAAGAUCACAGGAAGCUCAAGCUUGUCACGUUUCGUGGCCGCUGCCGUUACCGAUGAUUCAGUUGAGAAGACGAUUUUGCAGUCGCGUGACACUUUGUUCGAAGAAGAAUUAUUCCAUGAACUUACUCGAGAGGCACGAGUGCUUGUUAGCUCUGGCGUCACAGCGCACAAGGACCUGAUUGAGUUUGAAUACGAAACGGAUGAACAGAUUCUUCUUGACCUAGUGGAUGUGGAGAACAUAAAUGAAAAUGAGACAACGGACCCGAUGGUUAGCACUCCACUGAAUGAUACUGUAGCCGAAGCCAUUGCGCAUGCUCUCCGGAUUCUUCUAUCAUAUGCACAUCGCCAGAAUUUACGCCGCCGAACUCAACUCCCUGCACCUCUCACAAACCAGAAACGGCCUACCCCAGAAUAUCAACUUCUCCGACCUAUUCUCACCUACAUGAAUCACGACAGAAGUUUCAAAACUCUACAAUCUUUCUUAUAUGACAUCUAUCAAGUCUUCCAUUCCGCCGGCCUCCCCUCCAAAUACACAUAUUCAAAAUUCUCAUCCCUGCACUUCAAAGGCCCAGACCAAGCCUCGGGAGUUGUGGACACAUUACUUGACCAGUUCAUGGAGCCACUGGAGUCUCAAUUUUCAGGGUCCAUGGCCAACCUAACUAGCACCUUUAACAUCAAAAUUCACACCAGCAUACCAGAUACACCAUCUCGUCAAAUGGCCCUCGGGACAGACUAUCAGCUCACCAUCCGUCUCCCCAAUUUCCCUUAUACACAACCGCCGUCGCGGAUUGGUCUCAAAGACGAGGUCGAACAGUUGCUAUUGCGACUCUUUACUCUCGAUCUGAUUACAUACAUCUCAUCAACCUCGUCUCAAAACGCUUCCAAGGCAGCAUCGACAGCGAGCAAAGAUGAAGUAUCACUGUCGGACAAAAACAAUAACAACAAAGGGCCAUUGAUUUGGCAAUCACCGUUUCCGCAUCAUGGCGAGCUCGAGGGCGUGACGCAAGAUGGCCAACAACGUGUUAAACAAUUAGCCAUCGAUCUGAGCCGUGACGCGUUGAGCCUACGCAUGACGUCCUGCAAGAAGGCAGAGAACGACAAUCAAACCAGUAUUAAUGCCGAUGUUGAAGGUAUUAAAACCGAGGACCGGGAAGACAUGGAGGGCGGUGAUGACUUUGGUGAUGAUUACGAACAGGAUAACGAAUCGGAAUAUAUCACUGGUGCUGGAGGGUUGAAAUUUACCCGCCCACCUCGCAGGCUGACUGGUGGGAAAGUCGUUUAUGUCUGGAAGCGCGGUGUUCAGGAUGAUACGAAGUCGAAGAAGACAUUAGCAGAGGUGAUCGAAGAGAUUUCAAUAUAA